AUGCUGGAUGUUGGAGGUUCCAUGGAGAUAUUAUUGGGAAUUGAUGGAAAGGGAACAACCGAGAUUUCGAGAAGAAGAUUUGCGACAAUCCGACAGGAAACGAUGAAUGAUGCACGAAAGCAUAGCAUCAGGCGCAAAUUGAACUAUCCUCGAGCUACCGAACGAAGCCCUACCGCCAUAUUUUCUGCUGCGACAAAACGAAGUCGCUGGAUUGAAGCUGACAUUUCCUCCUUCUCGCAGGUCAACGUCCCAAAGACCAGACGCACUUACUGCAAGGGCAAGGAUUGCCGAAAGCACACUCAACACAAGGUUACCCAAUACAAGGCAGGAAAGGCUUCGUUGUUCGCUCAAGGAAAGCGUCGUUAUGACCGAAAACAAUCCGGUUAUGGUGGUCAGACAAAACCCGUUUUCCACAAGAAGGCAAAGACCACAAAGAAGGUUGUGUUGAGAUUGGAAUGCACAUCCUGCAAGACGAAGGCACAGUUGGCAUUGAAGCGUUGCAAGCAUUUCGAGCUUGGUGGUGACAAGAAGACCAAGGGUGCUGCUUUGGUAUUCUAG